AGACAAAAGACCAAAAUAAGUCUAAAGACAACCAUGGACGUCCCACAUUGUUCUCCUCACGUCCAUAUCACGCGUCAUUCUCUUUCUCUCUCCUCCUAAACCCCCGAAAAACAAGAAACAUCCCGACGAACAAAAAUCUAAACAGAAAAAAAUAUUAUCACAAUAAAUAUCCAGAUUAGCUAAAAUCCUUCUGGGUUGAAUUAGAUUAGAGCCCCCACCCCAUGAAUUUGUGUUUUGAUUCAGCUUUUUUCUUGCGUUUAUUAAUGGCGGUCGUGAAAACAGCAAUGCUUUGACGUUUUAAAAUAGUAUAAAGUUUUGCAGGCGUUGUUGUUUUUGGUCUGCUCUUGCAUGUUCGUAUCUCGACGUUUGAAUCUUCAAAGUCUGUGUUUUUCCGAUUGUUCGCAUAGCUGAGAAACUUGACGUGGGUUGCCGUCAAAAUUGAAGAUUUUAAUCACGUGGGGAUAAGAACGCGGAACAGAAGGGCGCGCGGCCGCCAUUGUUGCAACUUGCAGGUGGAGCUUCGAGGCCGGUUUCUUCUCUUUUGGAAACGUUUCGUUUCUGUUUGGUUGGAGAGAAAAUUGAGGAUUGUGCGACAAGUUCGAUGAAAUGAAAAGGAAAAUAUAUGGACGGGAUGGAAAUGGGAAGAGGCAGCUAUGCGGUUGUUUUUGUGAUUCUGCUUUGCGCGUUGGUGAUAGGGGCGUCGGAGGGUGUGAGGAGGACGAGAGAAACAUUUUUCGGCAAUGGCGGCGAUUGGCUCUCCGAGGAGAUAGACGAAGACAUGGCAGAGCAGGCAUGGAUCCAUUGCAGGAAAGAACUGAUAGAUGAGAAAGAUGCUAUCGAAAAGUUUAACUUGUACAUUCCACAGGAAGCAGCCGCUGACUCUGAAACAACGUUCUUAACGAAAAGAAACAUACACCAUGCAAUUUUAGUUCUUCCUCAUCAUGUGAAAAAAACACUUUUUGAUUGCUUAAGAAAGAAAGGGCUUCUGCUUCAUGCUUCUGAAGAAAAGGCUACCUCGAAAAAUUGGUUCAUCAGCUGCUUAGGGUGGCUUUUAGGCUGGCCGGAUGCUCCUAGAAGACAUUUGGCCAGCGAUUCACGUAAGCCAACAACGCCAAGUCCUUCUCCUUCUCCACAACCCGGGCAUGCUCCAGUUCUAGCUCCCGGCCCUGCAGCUAGGUUGCCUAGAUAUCAAGCACCUUCACCUUCACCUUCAUCCUCUAAGAAAACUCAUACUACUUUUCACGCUAGUCCUAAUCCCGCAUCAAAGGAUCCCUCGUCGAAAAAGAAAAAUCCACCAUCAAAGGAUGCGAAACCCUCACCAAAAAAGAAAAAUCCACCAGCAAAGGAUCCCUCAUUUGGUAAAAAAAAGGCGCCACAAAAGGAUAACAGCAAUGUGAUUAAACUAAUUGCUAUUGCUGGAGCUGCAGUUGUAAUAUUUAUCAUUGUUGCACUUCUCUGUUUCUGCUGUAUUAAGAAAAGGAGAAGCCGAAAAAUUGGUCCAAGAAAUGGACCAAAUGAUGAUAGGCCUCUUCUCACAAUAUCCGCUGGUUCUUCUCAGAAGUCUACUAGUUUAGGAAAUUCCAGUAACAAAGAGUUCGGCACUAGUGCAAAUUUUGCAAACAAUAUGGCCCUGAAAAAAGAAAAUGAAUCUGCACCUGGUGAUGCAACUACAUCAGAAGCCGUGGCAGGAGGGUCAGUUCCUCCCCUAAAACCUCCCCCUGGAAGACAAGCUCCUCCACCACCUGAACCACCAGGUCCACCACCACCUCCUCCUCCUCGUCCUAAGGCCCCACCACCUCCGAAAGUUGCACCUCCACCGAAACCAUUGCCUGGUAAGAGCAACCGUCCGCCUAUAGGACUUCAUCGCAAAGCAAACAGUGGAGGUAGUGGUGAUAUGGAUGCUGAGGGAUCUCAAAAGACCAAGCUAAAGCCAUUCUUUUGGGAUAAGGUUAAUACCAAUUCGGAUCAGUCAAUGGUCUGGCAUGAGAUCAGUGCAGGAUCAUUCCAAUUCAAUGAGGAGCAGAUAGAGUCGCUAUUUGGUUAUAACACUGCGGAUAAAGCCAAAAAUGAUCGCAGGAAGGAAGCAUCAGCCUUAGAACCUGCAGUCCAGUAUAUUCAAAUUAUCGACAGAAAGAAAGCACAAAAUCUUGCAAUUCUUCUACGAGCAUUGAAUCUGACAGCGGAAGAAGUUGCUGAUGCCCUCCGAGAGGGUAAUGAGCUUCCUGUGGAGUUCCUCCAAAACUUGUUGAGGAUGGCACCAACUGCGGAAGAAGAAUUGAAGCUUAGGUUAUUCACAGGGGAUACUGCUCAACUUGGUCACGCAGAGCGGUUCCUCAAAGCCAUGGUCGACAUACCAUUUGCUUUUAAGCGCAUGGAGUCACUGUUGUUUAUGUGUUCUCUGCCAGAGGAGGUUUCUACCACUAAAGAGUCCUUCAUAACUUUAGAGGUUGCUUGCAACAAACUCAGAAAGAGCAGGCUAUUCCUAAAACUUUUAGAAGCGGUUCUCAAAACUGGAAACCGUAUGAAUGAUGGCACCUACCGUGGUGGUGCGCAGGCAUUUAGGCUUGAUACGCUUUUGAAACUCGCUGAUGUAAAAGGCACUGAUGGCAAAACCACACUCUUGCACUUUGUAGUUCAAGAGAUCAUGCGUUCUGAGGGUCGUAGAGCUAUUCGCACAGCCAGAGAAAGCCGGAGCAUGUCCAACUUGAGUACAGAGGACAUAACUGAGGAUGUCAAUGAGGAAUCAGAGGAGCACUUGUGUAACCUCGGUCUUCAGGUUGUCUCAGGUUUAAGCGAUGAACUUGAAGAUGUGAAAAAGGCUGCACUUGUAGAUGCUGAUGGCCUAACGUCGACAGUUGCAAAUCUUGGCCAGUCCUUAAUAAAAAAUCGAGAUUUUAUAAAUGUUGAGAUGAAGAAUAUGGAUGAAGAUAGUGAAUUCCAACGCACACUAGCCAGUUUUGUGGAGCGGGCGGAAUCUGAUAUUACAUGGCUGUUGGAAGAAGAAAAGAGGAUAACUGCUCUUGUGAAGAGCACAGCGGAUUACUUCCACGGGAACGCAGGGAGGGAUGAAGGCAUUCGCUUGUUUGCCAUUGUACGAGAUUUCUUGGUAAUUCUAAACAAGGUAUGCACAGAGGUCCGAAAUUCGACAAUGAAGGCGGCGAAGAAUGCCAAGAAAGAGGCUCAGGCCCCAACGGCGACAGAAACAACUCCAGAAAAUCGUCAAACACCACCUACAGAUAUGCGUCAACGACUAUUUCCAGCAAUUGCAGAACGGCGGGUCGAGGAGGGUUUCAGUUCAGAUGAUGAGACCUAGCUUUUCAUUUAGGAUAGGUGUAUUUUAAUUUGGAAGCACAUUGACGGUUGCUUGGAGUUCAAGUAAUGCAGUAGUGCUAAAACCAUGUGUGCAGUAUGAAAUUGGCCUUCAAGUUUUUGUGCCAUUCUCUCUGUGACUGUAUAGUCCACAAAUUCAGACAGCAUUGAAAUCGCUGUGGCACGAUGAAGAGACGGUACUUUCGCGCAAUUCAUCGGUGUCUAAUUUCUUUUGAGCCCUAGAAUUUUGUUUUUGAAAUUUGUUGGUCGCACAAAGGUGGUGUAUUUCCAGGAAAAGUGCUUGUUGAAAAGGGACUCCUGGAUCCAAUGGCAAAUGGGGUUUCUUAGGUACAGAAAGACUUGUGAAGUUUAAAAGAUCAGAUACUUUGUUGUUGUUUUUUCCAUCGUUUAUCAUUUUACACUCUCAUACCAAAACAUAAUUUGGAUUCUGCAAUGUGAGGUUUACUGUAUAAUUUGAGGACUUGAUGCGUGCUUAAUUUGACUCAAAAAUAACUCGU